UGCAAAGUGUCAUUGUACAGCAACAAUCAUGUAAAUUAUGAUGAUACUCCGAUAGACUUAGUCCAUCCCAACCCGAUCGCAAAUUGCAACCUACGCAAACAACCCCACAUUGCGGGGCAGCCAAAGCCCAUUCCAUUCCCGUUGUCGCAAUACCACCAAAAGCUGAAGAAAUAUUCUCUCUCCUCUUUCACUCUCAACUCAACACACCAUCUCCAUCACCAAUCAAUCAAUCAACAAAUCCACCUCCAAAAUGCCACCAACACCCAUCCUAAUCCUCGACGGCGGUCUCGGCACCUCCCUACAAGACCACUACAACAUCACCUUCAGCAGCGACACCACCCCUCUCUGGUCCUCGCACCUAAUGAUCUCCGACCCUAAAACCCUCCUCUCCUGCCAACGCGACUUCACCACCACCGCCGCCGUCGACGUCCUCCUCACCGCCACCUACCAAGUCUCGCCGGAGGGUUUCCAGCGCACAAAAACCCCCUCGCACCCGUCGGGAAUCCCCCGCGCCAGUAUCGCCCCCUACCUGCGCACUGCGCUCGACGUCGCCGAACAAGCGGUGCAGGAUACCUCAGCCUCUGUGGCGCUGAGUCUGGGCCCGUAUGGCGCGUGCAUGAUCCCCGGGCAGGAGUAUAGUGGGAAGUAUGAUGGGGAGCAUGAUGAUGAGGAGAAACUGUGGAGGUGGCAUACGGAUCGGUUGGGGCUUUUUGAUGAUGAGGCCAUGGAGGGGAAGGGGUUGCGGGAGAGGGUCAAGUAUAUUGCGAUGGAGACGGUGCCGAGGAUUGAUGAGGUGAGGGCUGUGAGGAGGGCUGUGAAGUCUUCGAAGGGGUUUUGUGAGGGGGUGCCGUUUUGGGUGGCGUGUGUUUUCCCCGUCGAGGAUAAGGAUACUUUGCCUGAUGGGAGUACUGUGGAUGAGGUGGUUGAGGCGAUGCUGUUGCCCGUUGAGGGGGGUGCGACGCCGUGGGGCAUUGGGAUUAAUUGUACGAAACUUCAUAAGUUGCCCAGGUUGGUUGGGUUGUUUGGGGAUGCGGUGGAGAGGUUGCUGAGGGAGGGGAGGAUUCAGGAGAGGCCGGCGUUGGUGCUGUAUCCUGAUGGUACGCAGGGAGAGGUUUAUAAUACUGCUACGCAGACGUGGGAGAAGGUGCAGGAUAAGAGUGGUGCGGAUGAUUCGCGACCCUGGGAGGUGCAAUUGUCACAGGUGGUCAAUGACGCUGCCGCCACUGGCCAGUUCAGCUCCAUUCUCGUUGGCGGUUGCUGCAAAGCUUCGUUCAAUGAUAUCAAGAGGCUUCGCGAACAGCUCCGCCCGGAGUAAAUUAAACGUGUAUAAUAUGUAUAUAGAAAAAGUCUAACACUUUUGUGAC